AUGGAAACUCUGACUCAGAUCGCCCUCAAUCCCAAAUACCACGAUGCCCUCACAAUCCUCAAAGGCUUCCGCAAUGGCGUUGUCUAUGGCACUCGAAUCAGAUUUCCUCACGCAUUGGUGAUGGCCUUCCUAUUCAAAUCCGGAUCUAUCCAAGACAAGUUUCGAUACAUCUUCAAGGCCACCAAGCAACAUGCCAAGAACUUGGGUACAUUUGCCACCAUCUACAAAGCUGCCAUGUUUGCAUUGAAACGACUGAAUGGUAACAAGGAAGCGGAUAUCCAUCCAUUCAUUGCUGGUCUUCUUGGAGGCUACUAUGUGUUUGGUGAGAACAAUAGUAUCAAUCAGCAGAUUGUAUUGUACAUCUUUGCACGUGUGGUGCUUGCAACGGUGAAGAUCCCCGUCAAACGGCAAAUCAUUGAUGCGCCUCAACAUACAUAUCCAGUCUUUGCUGCAGUCUGCUGGGGUUUGGUCAUGUACCUCUUCAAGCACGAUGCUGAUACCCUGCAGCCCUCGCUGCGUUCUUCCAUGCAAUAUAUCUACAAGGAUUCGGAUUCGUGGAACUCGCUCCGUACUUUAAUAUGGCACAACAAAUAG